AUGGAGGAAAUCUAUAUAAAUGUUGAAUACGACAAAUCUGUUGACUCAACACCAUCACAAAAUCAGACAGGUCUGAGGAGCUCAGAGAGGAGAUUUCAUGGAGCUGUUGUUCUCUGUCUGGGGCUGCUAAGUGUCUUCCUGCUGGCUGGGCUCAUCGGCCUCACUGUCCUCUACCAUCACUCAGCCGCAGAUUUCUCCACUAUCAAUACCAACCUGAUGGAGCGUCUCCAGGCCAGUAAUAACAAGCUUUCCUCCAUGUCUGAAGAGAGAGAGCUGCUGAAUGCCAGCCUCAUUGAAACGACUAAAGAGCUGAACAGGCUUCAGUGUUUGGCCAGAAAGAAUAAAUCGUGUCCUGCUGGAUGGAGGAUGUUCUUGUGUUCCUGUUAUCUGCUCUCCAAUAAGUCUGGUUUGUGGACAAAAGGCAGACAGGACUGCAGAAACAGAGGAGCAGAUCUGGUUGUCAUAGACAGUGCUGAAGAACAGACAUUCCUCUCUGACUUCAUCUGGGUAGAAACUUGGAUUGGUUUGACUGACGGGGAAGUGGAGGGGAGCUGGAAAUGGAUUGAUGGAACUAAACUGACUCUAAGGUAUUGGGAGGCAGCGCAGCCUGAUAAUGGUGGUGGAGAUCCAAAGUGGGGUGAGGAGGACUGUGCCCAAAUCAAACCUGGCAAGAAAACUCAAGAAAACUGGAACGAUCUGUCAUGUUCUACUUUUCUGCGAUGGAUCUGUGAGAAAGAGGCUUAGCAUUGGUGUAAAAGCAUAUGUACAUGCUUUUACAAAAUAAGCUAUGAUUUUACAAAAAGCCUUUGGGAUUGA